AAGCCACUUCCGCGAACAAAUGAUGCAGAGCCAAAGAAGCCAGACUCGCUGCUCUAGACAACAUGCGCCACCUCCAGAUGAGAAACCCCAGCAGCAUGUCAUUGCUCCUCCGGCCAGCGGGGGCAGCAGAGGCACAGCGGCGCUCAGGGUUCAGGUGGUCGAGAAGAAGAGGACAACAAGGUCUUUGUAGCCGUUAAUACCCCGUUAUACGUUAUACACGGGGAAGAUCGUUCAAAGAGAAAACUUGCAGAUAUACGAGUUGUUGGUACCGUUCGGAUUGGCAUACUAAUCUUUAUUUUGUGCAAAGGACACGUACUGCGCCGAUUCGUUUUUGCACUUAAGGAUUUGUCUGUUACUUCCGUGUACUUGAAGACUGACUGUUAAAGACAGAAUUCCGUGAAUCUGAUUGGCUGUCGAGACUGUUGGGAAGGCUGUUCUUAAAUGUGAUUGGACGGCUAAUCGAAAAUGCUUUGAGUGACAUGUACCCCACAGACGGUUGACUACGCAACGAGGUCAUACGCGACUCAUGAAUGCUCCCUGGUAGGAGACACGAUAUGAAGGCCUGAGCUGUACUGAAACAAUUUGGGAUACACCAUAUGGACCUUUCAUGUUGACCCUUGCUUUUCCCAAGCCGUGUAGAGCAGUGUGGCGUCUGAGCAAACUGGCGGCUCAAUUCUCCAAGGCAACCAUGUUCACAACCAACCAGGGCUCUAGUCCGCCCGCCGCAGCCAACGGGGGCGCUUCCACUGCCGCCAUUCUCAUCAUCGGAGACGAGAUACUCAAGGGCCACACGGUGGACACAAACAGCGGCUUCCUGCUGCGAGCGCUGAGACAGCUCGGAGUGUCCGUGCAGCGCAUAACGGUCGUACCCGACGUGCAGGAGGUCAUCGCCAAAGAGGUGGCCCUCCUUUCCCCUCAGUACACGCAUCUCAUCACCUCGGGGGGCAUAGGCCCCACCCACGACGACGUCACCUUGGAGAGUGUCGCCAUGGCGUUCCAAGAAGAUUUGUACCACCAUCCUGAGCUCGCCCGGGUGGUCGAGGAAUUGUUUGGGGUGACGGAUAAAAACAGUGCGGCUAUGAAGCUGGCCAUGGUGCCCCGCUCGUCUAAACUCAACUACGGAACUGACCCUCAGACCGGACAACCGCACAGCUACCCACUGGUCAGCGUGCGUAACGUCUACAUCUUCCCUGGCGUCCCGUCUCUGAUGGAGAGGGCCUUCAACGGGCUGCGGCACCUCUUCGCCGAUUCGGGGACUACCUUUCACACCCGUGAGGUGUUCGUGGAUGCGGACGAAACCGACAUCGCCCCCGUGCUGACAAAGCUGCAGGCCGACUGGGGUCGAAAGGUGUCUCUCGGCUCCUACCCCGACUGGUUGAGCAACUAUCACAGAGUGAGGCUGGUCCUGGACUCGGAUAGCCAGGAGGAGGUGGACAAAACCCGGGCGCAGCUGCUGGACGAGCUGCCCGAGGGUAGCGUGGUGCCCCUAGUGACCGACCCGGUGUCCAUCGCCUCAGCUGAGGUCUACACACUGGCCAACAGCGGCACACCGCUGGGUGAGAAGGUCAUGUCCGCGCUGAAGACGAUCGAGGCGGCGCUGGAUCAGUAUUCGACAGAGGAGGUCUGCAUCGGCUUCAACGGAGGGAAGGACUGCACAGCGCUGCUGCAUCUCUACUAUGCAGCGCUGAAACGGCGACAUCCAGAAGCUAAAGACAAAGUGAAAGCCUUGUACAUCCGUAUUGUCGCGCCAUUCCCAGAAAUGGAGAGAUUCCUUCAGGACACGAUUAAAAGGUACGACUUGGAGAUCUUCUCCGUGGAGGGCAGUAUACGGCAAGCGCUGAGCGAGGUACAGGACAGGAGGCCGGAGCUGAAAGCGGUCCUCAUGGGAACCAGGAGGAGCGACCCGUACUCCCACACACUCACGGCCAUGUGUCCCACUGACCCCGGCUGGCCAGACUACAUGAGAGUCAACCCGUUACUGGACUGGACGUAUCACGACAUCUGGUCCUUCCUGAGGACGUUGUUCGUGCCCUACUGCAUUCUCUACGACAAAGGGUACACCUCACUCGGCAGUAUGGACAACACCUGUCGCAACGCGUCCCUCCAGGUGGUGGACGGGAGGGGGGUGACGCGGUACAAGGCGGCCUACCUCCUGGAGAAUGAGGAAGAGGAGCGAAACUCCCGCGCCUGAUGGAGGAUCACUUCUUGUGUGUGUGUGUGUGUGUGUGUCUUUCAAGCCCCCCCACCCUGCACAUAUGAAGACACACGGACGUUAUUAUUAAGCCCUCCUGUGAAUAUUUGCGGGAUUUCUAUGUGAAUGAAGUCUAGCCGCGUGUGUUUGUUUCCAUCCAUUGUCAUGUUACUAUUUGUCCUGCACACAGACUGGCUGGGCUUUAAACAUCGCUCUUGAUUUAUCUUAUUCAUGAGUCUAUCUGUCUUAUUUCUGAAUCCAAUAAAAACAAAACAAAGACGACCUCUA